CUCUCUCUGCUUUAAAGUCUGAGCCAGGCUCCGGGCUCACAUGGUGCUUCCUGCAUGGAAGAAUGGAGCGCGCCCAGCUGCUGCCUGACCGCCGCUGCCCAGCCCCAACUUCCCGGGGCACGGACUGAAAGCCUGCGCCAGCCCGCCGGUUCCUGCCAUGGCUUGGCCCUGGCUGCUGCCCGCCUGAAGAGCCAGGGAGAGCCCCCGGCCCCCGGCCCCGCUUCUCCUCCGGCGGCUGCAAAGGGGGGACUGAAGUUCUAGGCUCCCUCCCGCGCCCCCCCCCUCCCGCAGCCUCGGCGCUGCUGCUCCAGGCCCGGCGCUUGCUGCGUGCGGGGCUUUGCGCUCCGGCGGGUGUGGGUUCCCCGGGGUCUCCGCUCCCCGCUCGGCUGGGGGGAGGGGGGGGGGUGUGCGUUUGGCGGGCGGCCGGGGCGGGGGUGGGGGCAAAGCGCCAACUUCUUUGCAACAAGUUCCAGCCCCUCGCCCCCUUUCGAUGCGCGCCUUUGGACAUGCGGAGGCUACUGCAACCGUGUUGGUGGAUCUUCUUCGUGAAAAUCGCCAGCGCCGUGCUCCAGUAUGUGGUGUGCUUCCCCGCUCUGACUGAAGGGUACGUUGGCGCACUGCAUGAAAACAGACAUGGUAGUUCUGUGCAAAUACGGCGGCGUAAGGCCUCGGGGGAUUCUUACUGGGCUUACUCAGGUACUUAUGGUCCUGAGCACUGGGUUACUUCAAGUGUGGACUGUGGAGGCACUCACCAGUCUCCAAUAAACAUCAUAGACCAUCAGGCACGUGUGGGAGAUGAAUAUCAAGAAUUACAGCUUGAUGGUUUCGACAACGAAUCCUCUAACAAGACAUGGAUGAAAAACACUGGGAAAACUGUCGCUAUCCUUCUGAAGGACGAUUAUUUCAUCAGCGGUGCUGGGCUGCCAGGUAGAUUCAAAGCAGAAAAAGUGGAAUUUCAUUGGGGUCAGAGCAAUGGAUCCGCUGGCUCUGAGCACAGCAUCAACGGCAAGAGAUUCCCUGUUGAGAUGCAGAUUUACUUCUACAAUCCUGACGACUUUGACAGUUUUGGAGCAGCAAUUUUAGAAAAUCGGAUAAUAGGAGCCAUAGCUGUGUUUUUUCAAGUCAGUCAGAGGGACAAUCCAGCACUGGAUCCUAUUAUCCAUGGGUUGAAGGGUGUCGUACAUCAUGAGAAAGAGACCUUUCUGGAUCCCUUUGUGCUGAGAGACCUUCUGCCGACAUCACUGGGAAGUUAUUAUCGCUAUACAGGUUCUCUGACAACUCCACCGUGUAGCGAGAUUGUGGAAUGGAUAGUUUUUCGCAGGCCUGUUUCUAUUUCUUAUCACCAGCUGGAGGCGUUCUAUUCCAUAUUUACCACAGAACAGCAAGAUCAUGUCAAGUCUGUGGAGUAUCUGAGGAAUAACUUCCGACCGCAGCAGAGUCUGAAUGACAGGGUGGUGUCCAAGUCUGCUGUGAAAGAUGCUUGGAGCCAAGAUGUGAUGGACAUCUUAGAAAAUCCAUUUGGCACAGAAGCUUCCAAAGUUUGCAGUACUCCCCCGGUCAACAUGAAAGUGCAGCCUGUGAACAGAACAGCUUUGCUAGUAACUUGGAACCAACCAGAGAUCAUCUACCACCCUCCCAUUAUGAACUACAUGAUCUCCUACAGCUGGACUAAAAAUGAAGAUGAAAAAGAGAAGACUUUCACCAAGGACAGUGACAAGGACCUGAAAGCCAUCAUUAGCCAUGUCUCACCUGACAUCCUUUAUCUGUUCAGAGUUCAAGCAGUUUGCCGAAAUGACAUGCGUAGUGACUUUAGCCAGACAAUGCUCUUUCAAGCUAACACUACUCGAAUAUUCGAGGGGACCAGAAUUGUUAAAACAGGAGUGAAUAAUGGGCAGAAUGGAGUGUUUGGAAAGAAAAAGAAAACAAAAGGAAAAAAGAGCCAAGGUAGCAUAUCAGGUACCCCUACUGACACUCUCUCUGGUGUGUUUUCUUCCCUUGUCCCCUCUGGUGGUGUCUUCAAGCCUACAGCUUCUCCUGCUUCUUCAGCUGACAUGGCUCCCAUCAGUUCUGGAUCUUCUACCUGGACUUCUUCUGGUCUUCCUUUCUCCUUUGUUUCAAUGGCAACUGGAAUGGGACCUUCAUCCAGUGGAAGCCAAGCAACAGUGGCCUCCGUGGUGACCAGCACGUUGCUUGCCGGCCUUGGGUUUAGUGGUGGCGGUAUUUCCUCCUUUCCUAGCACUGUGUGGCCAACCCGCCUUCCUAGUGCUGCUUCUACUAGCAAACAGUCAGUUAGGCCAGUGCUUACAACUCCUGAGGCUUUAUCUUCUCCAGGACCAGACAGUGAUUCCGCUCUGACAAAAGACAAUGACGGAGCAGAGGAAGGAGAAAAGGAUGAGAAGAAUGAAAGUGAGGAUGGCGAAAGGGAACAUGAUGAAGAGGGUGAAAAGGAUUCAGAAAAGAAAGAGAAGAGUGCAGUGACAGAGGCUGCCGAGGUACAAAAUAACACUGAGACCACACUAACGACCAUUUCCCCUAAUAGAACUGUAGAGGAGGAAGGAAAUAAAACCAUACCUGGUCAAGAGCAAAACAUUUUCCCAACAGAUAAGAGUCCUGAAGAAGAGAGGGUUACUGAAACAGACACUCAGCCCCAACCUCUGCCCUCCACCCAAGUGCCACCAGCAUUCACAAAUGAACAUUAUGUAGGGCAAAUCCCAAAGGGACCAGAGACAACAUCAAGAAAAGCUUUUCCCAACAACCGCAGGUUUCCAGAAGAAAAUCCAUCUGAUAACAGAUUUAUCACCAUUAACCCAGCAGACAAGAAUAGCUCCAGUAUGGCAACCAGACCUUCUCCUGGCAAAAUGGAAUGGAUCAUCCCUCUGAUUGUGGUGUCAGCUCUGACCUUUGUGUGCCUCAUUCUUCUUCUUGCUGUGCUGGUUUACUGGAGAGAGUGUAACAAAAUAAAGUCCAAGGGCUUACCCCGACGUUUCCAUGAAGUGCCACCUUCUGGGGAGAGAACAGAGAAGGGGAGCAGAAAGUGUUUUCAGACAGCUCAUUUCUAUGUGGAAGACAGCAGCUCACCUCGAGUGGUCCCUAAUGAGAGUAUUCCCAUUAUACCUAUCCCAGAUGAUAUGGAAGCCAUUCCUGUCAAACAGUUUGUUAAACAUAUUAGUGAGCUGUAUUCUAAUAACCAACAUGGCUUCUCAGAAGACUUUGAGGAAGUGCAACGCUGUACAGCCGACAUGAACAUCACAGCAGAACAUUCCAAUCACCCAGAUAACAAGCACAAGAACAGAUACAUCAACAUUUUAGCAUAUGAUCACAGUAGGGUGAAACUAAGGCCUUCUCCAGGAAAAGAUUCUAAGCACAGUGACUACAUUAAUGCUAAUUAUGUUGAUGGUUACAACAAAGCAAAAGCCUAUAUUGCCACCCAGGGACCUUUAAAGUCUACAUUUGAAGAUUUCUGGAGAAUGAUUUGGGAACAAAAUACUGGAAUCAUUAUCAUGAUUACAAACCUCGUGGAAAAAGGAAGAAGAAAAUGUGAUCAGUACUGGCCAACAGAGAAUAGCGAGGAAUACGGCAACAUUAUAGUCACAUUGAAGAGCACAAAGGUACAUGCCUGCUACACUGUCCGCCGUUUCACAGUCAGGAACACAAAAAUGAAAAAGGGUCAGAAAGGAAACCCCAAAGGGCGACAGAAUGAGCGAAUGGUUAUUCAGUAUCACUAUACACAGUGGCCUGACAUGGGAGUGCCAGAAUACGCGCUGCCUGUGCUAACCUUUGUGAGGAGAUCUUCAGCCGCCAGGACCCCGGAAAUGGGACCGGUGCUUGUACACUGCAGUGCUGGUGUGGGCAGAACGGGGACCUACAUUGUGAUAGACAGCAUGCUGCAGCAGAUAAAAGACAAAAGCACAGUUAACGUCCUGGGUUUCCUGAAACAUAUCAGGACACAGCGCAACUACCUCGUUCAGACAGAGGAGCAGUACAUUUUUAUUCAUGAUGCCUUGCUGGAAGCCAUCCUUGGGAAGGAGACUGAAGUAUCUGCAAACCAGCUGCAUAGUUAUGUUAACACCAUUCUUAUACCUGGAAUAGGAGGAAAAACACGACUAGAGAAACAAUUCAAGCUGGUUACACAGUGUAAUGCAAAAUAUGUGGAAUGCUUCAGUGCUCAGAAAGACUGCAACAAAGAGAAGAACAGAAACUCAUCAGUUGUGCCAUCUGAACGUGCUAGGGUGGGUCUCGCGCCACUGCCUGGAAUGAAGGGAACUGAUUACAUUAAUGCCUCUUAUAUCAUGGGUUACUACAGGAGCAAUGAGUUCAUCAUAACCCAGCAUCCUCUUCCACAUACAACUAAAGACUUUUGGCGAAUGAUCUGGGAUCACAAUGCACAGAUCAUUGUCAUGCUGCCAGACAACCAGAGCUUGGCAGAAGACGAGUUUGUAUACUGGCCAAGUCGCGAGGAAUCCAUGAACUGUGAGGCCUUUACCGUGACCCUAAUCAGCAAAGACAGACUGUGCCUCUCUAAUGAAGAGCAAAUUAUCAUCCAUGACUUUAUCCUUGAAGCGACCCAGGAUGACUACGUUCUGGAAGUACGCCACUUUCAGUGUCCCAAAUGGCCAAACCCAGAUGCCCCUAUAAGCAGUACCUUUGAACUUAUCAAUGUAAUCAAGGAAGAGGCCUUAACAAGGGAUGGCCCCACCAUUGUUCAUGAUGAGUAUGGAGCUGUGUCAGCCGGAACGCUGUGUGCCCUGACCACCCUGUCCCAACAACUGGAGAAUGAAAAUGCUGUCGAUGUUUUCCAAGUGGCAAAGAUGAUCAAUCUUAUGCGGCCUGGAGUAUUUACAGACAUUGAACAGUACCAGUUUCUUUAUAAAGCAAUGCUAAGCUUGGUGAGCACUAAGGAAAAUGGAAAUGGUCCCAUGACACUGGACAAAAAUGGCGCUGUGAUGGUCAGUGAUGAACCGGAUCCUGCAGAAAGUAUGGAGUCUCUUGUCUAAUUGGAAUCUUGAAAAGGCACUUCAUUUGUAGAACUUCUGAAGACGGAGUGAACUUUUUUGCGGCCUUUUUUGCCAGACUCUAGGUUAUACAAUAACCCAAUUACUUUUUUACACUGAUAAAAGUUUUUAUAUUUAUUUUUUGCCAUUUUAUGUCUUAAUGGUAGCCUACUGAGCAUUCGCACCUCUGUUUCUUUCACACAGUGCACCGCCAUUUUCUCUAGUUUGCACUAUAUGAUCAGUGUUACUGCCUAUAAUACUCUACUACAAAAGCAAGCCCUGACAUUCCAUGACAGCAAACGUGCUACUUUUUAGUUUAAAUGCAGUGAAGUUUUGUUAACUACAGUGACCCUUGAAUCUUAAAUCUUGAAUGCUAGACCAUAUAGAUUCUUUCUACAAGAAAUACUGUACCCCUUCAGACUCCUAAUAUUUAUUGCUUUAAUUUUAAUUGUUGUAGGUCUUCUGUAUUCCAGUUCAGUGGAUAAGCAAUAGUCAUCCUUUCUUGAUAAAAUGUGGCAGGUGAUUACUAGCUACAGUGAAGGUAUAAUAGCCUCAUGGAGCUGAAACAAUUGCUUUUGGAUUGUUUCAGAUUCUGCUUUUGUAUACUUUGAGGCCUAAGAAUUGCUUCACAUGGAACAUAUAAAAUUACAUUAAAAAAACGUAUAGAACAACUCAUACCUGGGACACAGUCACGGAUUUUGACAUUACAGCUUCAAAGCUUCCCCACUUAUUUAGAAUAAAAAUGUCAAUUUUAGAUUUUAAAACCACCAUAUGGGAAAGUGUGUUAUUUUUUAUUUUCAUCAUAGCCAAUUCAAUGAAAACUCUGCUACAAUCUAAAAUAGGUCUGUUUUCAGACACAUGAAGGUAGCAAUAUUUUACAUUACUAUUCAAUCUUUUAAACACAUUAAUUUCCUUACUAUUUCUUGAACAGGACCUCACACCUAAUGGUAUGUCACAUGGCGAAGACAGGCGUUUCUUAAUUUCAUAAUUGUUAGAUGCCAUUUUUACAGGUGUGUAAUUUUCAUAUUUUAGUGCUAAAACAUAAAGUACUGAUCCAUAUUUACUGGUGAAGCAAACUAAUAAAAAUAACUACCUAUAAAAGUACAUUCUUACUCUUUUAUUUUUUGCCAAACUAAUUAUUUAGUACAAACCUCUUGAUUCCAUUCUCCCUCCCACAUCAAUCAAACAUUUUCCCUAAAUUACGUUAUUUAAACAGUGUUGUUAUCUUGAGCACUUGGUGUAAUCCCUCAUUGUUUCCCUAAUCCUGUGCAUUUUGAUCCCAGUUGGGCAAAGUACUUAAGUCCAUCCCUAUCUAUCAAAACCCUUAAGCAACUGCUUAAAGCUAAGCACGUCCAUAACAGCUUUGCUAAAUAGGUAUGGUUUGCUCUAAAAUUGGAUGUGUUAAUUUGACAGUUUGGAUGUUUGGUGUAGAUUUAAAGGCAUUAUCCCUUAUAUAGAGAUUUAUUUUCAUUAGUUUUAAAUUCAAAACCAAACAAAAAGGGCACUGUAAUGUUUCAGGACUUGCUGCCAAAAUAGUACAGCAUAUUUUUCACUUAAAUGUAAAACCAUGUUUUUUUUCCUGUUUUCAAUACACCCUCACUUGGAUGUAAGCAUCUGACAGGCAAACCCACUUCUUUGGUUGAAUUAUUAAUUUGGGUUUCUGGCAUGUUAGAGAUAAGCUAGUGAUUCUGUGCAUUUUCAUAUGAAAGGACAUUUAAGUGAACUUCAGUUGGUGUAAAUCAGUGUAGAUUAACUGAUCUGAAUGCAGCUAUGCUACGUUAUACAGGCAGAGCAGCUGGCCCUUUAUUUUUAAUGAUGGAAAGAUUUCUUCAUGCUGACAGACCUGGUUCAUCUAGUUUUCUAAGCAUUUGAAAGAUUUCACCAGUAACAACUAUGUCGUUACCUUGAAUUUAUCUGAAUUUAUUUAACCUCGAUACUAUUGGUCCAAAAUAGUGCAGAUACCGCACAGUGAUGCAUAAAACGUUCGUGUUUUCUAUCAGAAAAUCCCAUGUCCAGCACCAAGGAACUGAUUCGAAUAAAAAAAUGUCAAGAUGACUCAGAAUAACCCUUCGAGGCUAGUGCUGUGGAGCACCCAUCAAUAGCUAGCAUUAGGCAGCUCAGCACUCAGGGGUCAGCCAGUCUAAUCUGCUAAGAGUUCAGAUUGGCUUUCCAAUCUCUUCAAUAACAGGAAUCCUUCAAGCACAUUUCAAGUAUUCCUGUCCGCACUGCUUAGGCUGGGGCUGAGAGCCUUCCAAGCGAAUUAAUUCGCCAAUCUGUGCUGGUGCCGGACGCUUAACCGGGAAAUUCCAGCUCUUGGCACGGAAGGUCUGAUCAGCUCACAUCUGAAAGAUUUGAGUUCCUGGGGGGGAUAUAAUUCAGGUCCUGGCAAGAACAAAGUUCAGUCCAUUUAGUAAUAAGUUACUCUUCAUUUCAGUAUGGUUUGGGGGAGGCAGUAGCACAGUGUAAGUGGACUGUUUUAAUGAGACACUGCCUGGCUCUUCUUGGGCUGAUUCCUUACAUUUAUGCCAUUUUUUUUUAAAGUCAAAUGAGAUAUGGGAACAGGGUUGAAUGUUGAUGAAUGUUUUUGAAACCCUUGCAUUUGUAUUAGCAUUCUCCCAUACCUGAAACACUUACACAGAGCUUUACCUAUGGGGAAAUAACUCUGAUGGAUGUCUUGACUUUUCCCUUGCUUUUUUUUCUCAUGGGAAUCAAGAAGUGUAUUACUAUUAUGUUCAACUGUGAAAUAGCCAGCAGGAUGGCAAUGUCAUGUUGUCCGUGAGGGUGGGUGGGGAUAGGAGUUCCACGCAAAGGUCAGAAAUAAGAGUGCAUGGGCCAGAUUCAUUCAUUCAAGCAGCUGCAAUUCUACUGACUUAAAAAGAUUUGCACCUGUUUCCCUGGGGCUGCAUGUGACUGAACAUAUGUUUAAAAGAUCCUUACUCAUAGAGGUAUGCUGAGAUGCUGGCAUUUGUCUGUCUCACCAAAAUCAAGUCCCACGCAUGCAGGGCAACAAACUGGCACAUUCUUGCUGUCACCACUCUGCCCUACACACAUUGUGAUGACAUUUCAAUCGUUAUUACAAUAUAGUUGUGAUGCCUUUCACACAUUGAAAAUUCUCGAAGGAUGUGCAAGUCUGCAAAUUAGGAAGAACUUAAGCCUUGCUUGGCUGUAAACAAUGGUCCUCGCCACUUGUGCUCCAGGAGAAAGGGGAAUAAUGGAUUGCAAAUGAGUGUGUGUGUUUUCGGGUGUGUGUGCACACACGCUUUCUAGAAAAUGUUAUUUCCCCAUGUUUUAUAAGGGUAUUCAGCCGGGAGACCAGGCGAGAGAAGUACAAGGCUUUUAUGAACUGAGUCCUUAGUAAUGACCAAGAAUUUCUGCAAAAGCUGCUCUCUGUUAACAACAUCCAAAAAUCAGUGGCAUUCUCCAUCUAAAGCCCCGAUCCGUCAGACACUUACCGACACGUUAAACUUUACACAUAUGAGUAGUUAUGUUAAAGUCAGUGGCACUACUCGCAUGUGUCCAGUUAAACACAUUGAACAAGUGUGUGCAGGACCCAGGGCUAAAGAACCUUCAUUCUGAAGCAGCAUUUGUCCUUAGCAUUUCUGUUUCUAAAUAUGACUUUUGGAAACAAAAAAAAAGGCUAAAAUUUAUUCUUUGUGUUUGAUUCUGAUCUUUUAUUCCUCUCCUGUGGAUCCAUUCUGUGUUACUGGAUUUAUUUACUGGAUCAAGAAGGUUUCAAGCCUUUUUCAAAUAUCUGAUUGCUUGAAUUGCUUCCCUCAGAGUGAUCUAUUGGAACACUAGAAAAACAACCUUUUUAAUGACACAGCACAACUGCCUUGUUGUUCAUCCUUUUCUGUUUUUUUUUUUUUAACAGAUGCAUUUUAUUUAAAAGUUACAAUAUAGAUGUCAGUUUUUACCAAAGAUACCUAUUACUAAUUCUCAGAAAAAAAAUCUUAAUUUAAAGAAAAAAUAAUAAAAUGUAGGAGUCUAAAAUAUUUAGCAGUCAUGCUCUCAAAUUCAUUCUCUUCUGCCAUCAACUCCUGUGUUCUGAAGUUUAUGUUCAAAUGGUGCCAGUGAAUUUUUAUAUGAAGGCAAAAAGGCAUAAUUGUUAGUCCACUGCAUUGCUUUUAUUUCCCCCACUUUCUCUUUGUUGCCAUUCUAACAAUGUAAACUACAUUGGCUCUGCUUAUCUAAGGAGAAGGCACACAAAAUGGAGAGAGGAAGAGAAGGAACUGUAAUGAAGAGAUUUGGCCUCUACUUUAUCUUUGCUGUUAAACUGUUUUUAGUAUUUUUGUUAAAUAUUUGCAAAGGGAAGCAUUUUCUACAGAAGAUAAUUAAUUAAUUUCAAGAAAAAUGUCUUGAGUUUUAAGAAUAAACAUGUCUCCAAAAGAGGAGAUAGUCAAUUUUAUAAAAUGUCACAACUCUCCAACAUUUGGGGUAGUGACUUUUUUGUUUGUUUGUUUUGUGAGAACGUUUGAAACUAGCAAGCAGCCAUUGUUUCUAAAGAACUAAGCAUUCACAUCUACUCAUAGUUCCUUUUCCUUCAUUUUGAAAUAGCAGAAAUCAUUAAAACUGUAAAUAUUUUGUUGCUUGGGUAAGCAUCUUCUGGGAACUUUGUAUCUAUGGUAUAUAAUCAUAGAAUUUUAUAUUUUCAUAUAAAGCUAAUUUUUUUCUAGUUUCAACUCCUUCAUAGUUUUAUUGUGGUGGACAUGUGAAGACAUACUUUCUGUGUAUUGAAGUAGUGAAACACGAUCAUCACAUUCCAAAAAGAAUUCAACACAUGUUUUUUCUUUGGGGGCAGUGAUUGUGAAAGUUGAAUUUUCUUUCAAUUCCAUUGUCAGUGUGUGUGCAAUAGGAAUUAGACUUAGUCAGCCAUUGGAGAAGUUCGUCUCAUUGAUCCAUUCCGGGGCGGGAGGGGGGUGGAAUUGGUGUUUGGUUUUGGGAAGUUAUUUUUUGUUUACUUUAUGUUUUGUUUUUAGUUUUAGGGGGUUUUUUGUUUGUUUUGGGUUUUGGUUUUUUUUGUAACUUGAAAAUCUCCUUUUUGUUAUGUUUAAAACUAUAUCAAAUCAUUCUAUUAUAGUGUUAUUUAAUAUGUAAAUUGUAUUGCUAUACAUAAAAUAAAGUAUGGUUUUUGAUGUA